UGUCCGCCAUAUUGGCGCUUUGUUGUGAAGGCGGGCGUGCGCGUUUGUUUUGAAGCGUAGUGCGCGGACGGCUGGCGGGAACGUAACCCGGCAAAGACGGGUUCAGAACCGGCCAUGGACGCGGAUCUGGACCCGACUCAGGCGGACAACGAUGGCGGAGAUCUGGACGCUCGCAUUCCGACUGCGUGCUCGUCGAACGGCAGCGGCGGAGAGGACGACGAGGCUGAGGCUCACGUUCGAGAAGCGGGAGGCUCCGUUAGUCAGCUCACGCCAGACCGAACCGGGCUACUCGGCAGGGAACAAGAAGUGUCGGUGGAAAUUGGAGGAACUUAUUUGUGUCAACGCGCCGACAAAACAUGGCAUGCCGCCGAAGUCAUUCAGUCCCGACUCAAUGAGCAGGAAGGAAGAGAGGAGUUCUACGUGCACUACGUGGGAUUCAACAGACGUCUGGACGAGUGGGUAGGCAAGGCUCGCCUGGCGCUCACCAAGACGGUGAAGGACGCUGUGAGGAAGAGCGUGGAGAUCGGCGGCGUGGGCGACCUCGGAGAACAACCUGAGCGCAAGAUCACGCGCAACCAAAAACGCAAACAUGACGAGAUCAACCACGUGCAGAAGACGUACGCCGAGAUGGACCCGACCACGGCCGCACUGGAGAAGGAACACGAGGCGAUCACCAAAGUCAAAUACGUGGACAAGAUUCAGAUCGGAAACUUUGAAAUCGACGCUUGGUACUUCUCGCCGUUCCCCGAAGACUACGGCAAGCAGCCCAAACUUUGGAUCUGCGAGUACUGCCUGAAGUACAUGAAGUACGAGAAGACCUUCAGACACCACCUGUCCCACUGCCAGUGGAAGCAGCCUCCAGGCAAAGAGAUCUACAGGAGAAGCAACAUCUCCGUGUACGAGGUGGAUGGACGUGACCACAAGAUCUACUGUCAGAACUUGUGUCUGCUGGCCAAGCUCUUCCUGGACCACAAGACUCUGUACUUUGACGUGGAGCCCUUCAUCUUCUACAUCCUCACCGAGGUCAACAAACAAGGAGCGCACAUCGUUGGCUACUUCUCCAAAGAGAAAGAGUCUCCGGACGGGAACAACGUGGCGUGUAUUCUCACGCUGCCGCCUUACCAACGCCGAGGCUACGGGAAGUUCCUCAUCGCCUUCAGCUACGAGCUGUCCAAGCUUGAGAGUGCGGUGGGUUCCCCCGAGAAGCCCCUGUCAGAUCUGGGCAAGCUGAGUUACAGAAGCUACUGGUCCUGGGUUCUUCUGGAGAUCCUACGAGAUUUCCGAGGAACGCUUUCCAUCAAAGACCUCAGCCAGAUGACCAGCAUCACGCAGAGCGACAUCAUCAGCACGCUGCAGUCGCUCAACAUGGUCAAGUACUGGAAAGGUCAGCACGUCAUCUGCGUCACGCCCAAACUGGUGGAGGAGCACCUCAAGAGCGCCCAGUACAAGAAACCGCCCAUCACAGUGGACACCAUGAGCUUGAAGUGGGCACCUCCCAAGAACAAACAGGCCAAGUUGUCCAAGAAGUGAGGGGGGGCGGAGCCACGCACAUGACAUCACUUCCUGUCGCAUGUAAAUAAGUUGUUAUUUUCUUAAAUAAAGACAUUUUCUUUAAAACAA